AUGUACGUGAGCUACCUGCUGGACAAAGAGGGGCCGUCCAUGUACUCGGGCUCGGUGCGCCACGCCGCGGGGAUCAACCUGGCCGCCGCCGCGCAGAACUUCGUGGGCGCCCCCCAGUACCCGGACUACGGCGCCUACCACGUGCCCGCCACACUGGGGCUGGACAACGCCCCGUCGCCCGCCUCGCCCUGGACGGCCACCUACGGCGCGCCCCUCCGCGACGACUGGAACGGCUACGGGCAGCAGGGCGCCACGCCCGCCCCCAACCCGAGCCAUGGACCCGCCGCCGCCGGCUUGGCCACCUACAGCCCCGCCGGGGAGUACCACACGCACCCGCACCUCCACCACCCGGCCCAGGGCCCGCCGGCGCCGCCCUGCGGGGUCCCCCCCGCCGGGGGCCUGAUUCAGUCGCUCAACCCGCCGCCCGGCGCCGAGCAGCUCUCCCCCGGCGGCCAGCGACGGAGUCUCUGCGGCAGCGAGUGGAUGAGGAAACCCCCGCUAGGAGGACCCGUGAAAACCCGGACAAAAGACAAGUAUCGUGUGGUCUACACAGAUCACCAGCGUCUGGAGCUGGAGAAGGAGUUUCACUACAGCCGCUACAUCACCAUCCGGAGGAAAGCGGAGCUGGCAGCCACACUGGGAUUGUCAGAGAGACAGGUAAAAAUCUGGUUUCAGAACAGGAGGGCAAAGGAGAGGAAAAUCACCAAGAAGAAGUUGCAACAGUCUCAGCCGGGUGGUGUGCACAGCGGAUCAGAACCCAUGAGCCCAGUCUCCUCUAUGCAGCCAGGGACAACUGGUUCAGGCCCCAACGGAGGUGUGUUGGGUGCCCCUGGCCUAGCACCGCCCCCUGCACAGUGACAGCAAAUGGGACAAAAGACUUGCUGAAUGGAGGGGCUUGUGCACACCAGCCCCCUGGUGGGAAUGGCCAGGAGUCCAUCCACACAAUCUACCGGGCGUGGCUGCGACUGUCCUUCCAACCUGUGCACUAGGAUGGACUUCCCUCCACCCUUUGCUUCACAUUUGUACAAAAUGCACUGCAAGCACUCCACAAUUGUCCGGGUCAAGGAGUGAAGGGAGUUUGAUUUUUAAUUUUGGGGUUUUUUUGCUUUUCCACUUCCAUGUUGCAGUAGGGGCCACGUAGCCAACCCUUUUCAACCAACACUUCUCUUCAUCAUGAAAUUACUGAAUCUCAGGGAAUUGAGCUGGAAUGCCUUUUUAUUAUUGUUGUUUGUUGCCAAUGUUGUUGGGCUAAUGAUAAAUUCUAAUGGGGGGGGGGAACCCAUUAAACCAUAUUUCUCCCCCUCUUCCCAGUAUCCAAUCUAUACCCAAAGAAUGACCCUUUAACUCAGCAGCUCAUAUAGAAGAAGGCUGAGCUUUAAAAUACUUUAAAGCUUUAAAAUACUCCCAAGUGAGUUCCUUGAGAGAACCACCGUGGUGAAGUGGUUAAGAGCAGGC